UUACGUAAACUGUCAACCUUCAACAAACAGGAAAAAGUCCCAAAGCAGAAUGAAUACGAUGAUUUCGUAAAUAAAUCAUCGGAAUCGCAAUAAUACUACAUGGAUUCGAGGUGUUCGUGAAGUUUCCCCUUUUUUCCUUUAACCAGUAGUUCUAGUGAACGCAGUACUUUCGCGUGCCCGGUGGUGUGUUUUCUGUUGGCAGUCGAAUCUGUGAAUCGUCGUGGUGGCGCAACUGUGCUGGGCGCUGAAUGGCACAAUAGCUGAAGGAAAAAGUGUUGGCUAAUAACGCUCGAUAUUAGCGGGUUACUUACUGCUGGUGUCCGUACGUUGAGGUGCUAUUUUUGUUCGCUACGCCAAAGCAAACGGCAGUUGGCAACCGGUUGACAACGUACGAACGACAGCAUCCGCGAACGAACGCAACUGGCUGCCGGUGAGGAACGCUAGUACGUGCUUUUUGGCUUACUAGUAUGUCGGGUUCGUCGUCUACGAACAAGCUAGAUCAUCAACAACAAGAGCAGGAAACUGUACAGCAGCAACAGCAGCAGCAAGAGCAACAACAGCCGCUAGAUGAAACACAGCAGCAGGAGCAACAAUGUCCCCAGCAGCAACCGAAAUGGGUGUGCGAAUACUGUACGUACGAGAACUACCCGUUGUCUCUUAAGUGCAUCAUGUGCAAGGGUACCAAACCACUGCUUAAGGAGGACAUAUUUCGCCUUAGUCCAACGCAGCAGCUCAGUGCGACGAGCCGAUCGAACCCAAAUCUCGCUAGUGGGGCUGUAAAAUCGCCUUCGAUCACCGAGCUCGACUCUAAUCAGCGAUGGCCAUGCUCGGCGUGCACCUACCUGAACCUACCCCACACCAGGCGCUGCCUGCAGUGCGAUACCGUGCGCAAGGAGGACCAGCAGGAUCAUCACCAGCAGCACCACAACCACCAACAGCAGAAAGUGAUAAGCGAGUACGAUAGCAUUAGCGAACAUUUAAACGCGAUGAAUAUUUGCCGAAGUGGUCCUAGCCCCGGAGAGGACGGUAUUGUUUCAACUAGCGGCGCAGGAAGCGGCAAGCGCAAUCGGAACAAUUCGCCCGCUUCGGGCGGCUCGUACGGUUCCAGUUCGCGUCUGGGGACGAACGCAAACGACGGCGAACCGGCGACCGGUAAAGGCUGUGCGAGUGAUGCCAAACACUCACCCUCUCCAGUGUCCUCCUCGCCCGUCAGUACUAUGAGCCGAGCGGUGGCCAGCUCCCAGGUCAACGCAGGGAAGUGGUUCUGCUCCGUGUGCACGUACGAAAAUUGGCCCAAAUCGCUCAAGUGUUCGAUGUGCUUGCAUCCUCGUGAUUCCACCACCAGUACGGUGGGCAGUAGAAGCAAUCAGGCCGCAGCGAAAGCGUCACCCGAACACGACGAAAACACCAUCAACGUGGCUAGCAACAUUAUGGUGAACAACAAGCGCAACCAACAGUUCGUGGGCCAUGCGGACUCGAUCAACAAUAUGGAUGCGUGCAAGCAGGAACGCUACCUGCAGCUGCUGCGCCGGCAGCCGGACUGGGAUUGGCUGAACGCUUGCGUGGGCAUUGCGGAAAAUAAUAUCGGCGCGGUGGAAGCGUACCUAGAGUGUGGCGGCGAUCCGAGCCGAGCCCUCACCUCGGCCGAAGCGUUCCUGAUCAGUCGCAACAACUGUGCAUUCGAUGUGGGCCACACGCUGAUUCAUCUCGCUAUACGGUUCCAUCGGGAUGAAAUGUUACCGCUGCUGUUGGCGCAAAUUUCCGGCUCGGGACCCGGUAUCAAGCGGGUGCCGGCCUAUGUGGCGCCCGAUCUGGCCAGCGACAUACGCCGCCACUUUGCCCAGUCCCUCCGAAUACGGAAGGCUUCGUUCAACUGCCAGUUUGUGAACGAGCAUGCGACGUUUUCGUUGCCGGCCGACAUCGAGGAGCUGCCGCUGGUGCUGCAGGAGCAGCUGUACGAGGAGCUGCUAGACAAGGAUGCGCAGAAGCAGCUGGAAAUGCCACCGCCCGCCUUGAACUGGUCGCUCGAAAUCACCGACCGGUUGGGUUCGCGGCUGAUGGUGUUGUGGAAUCGAAGUGCCGGCGACUGCUUGCUCGAUUCCGUCAUGCAGGCCACCUGGGGUGUGUUCGAUCGCGAUAACACUCUCCGGCGGGCGCUAGCCGAUAGUUUGCAUCAAUGCAGCCACAUAUUUUAUCCCCGCUGGAAGGAGAAUGAACUGUUCCAGGCGGCAUUGCUCCAGUACACCGUGGCCGAGAUGCAACUGGAGAAGGAUUGGAACACGCUGCUGUCGCUGGCUAGUCACCCGGGCUCGUCGCUAGAGCAGCUGCACAUUUUCGCCCUGGCACACAUCAUGCGCCGACCGAUCGUCGUGUACGGUGUCAAGUACGUUAAGAGCUUCCGCGGAGAGGACAUUGGAUUCGCCCGCUUCGAGGGUGUCUAUCUGCCGCUGCUGUGGGAGCAAAGCUUCUGCAUCACUUCACCGAUCGCACUCGGCUAUACGCGCGGUCAUUUUAGUGCACUGGUUCCGACCGAACCGUACUCGCGAAUCGAUGCAACGCGCGACGACCGGGAAGACAUUACCUUUCUGCCUCUGAUGGACUGUGAGAUGAAGCUACUGCCAAUUCACUUUUUAACGAAAAAUGAGAUUGGUCGCGAGGAAAUGUUACUCCGCCAGUGGCUGGAGGUGUGCGAAACGGAGGGCGGACUGCUCGUCGCUCAGCAGAAGCUUCACAAACGUCCACUAUUAGUCGCUCAACUGCUUGAGGAAUGGCUUAACCACUAUCGAAGAAUAGCGUAUGAUCUCGAGGCUGUUUUAAAUUAGAAAUCGUUGACAUGUGCUACUGUAGUACAUUAUUUCGGUACAUUGCCCGUAUGUCCGGCUAGUGUAACGGAUGAGUGCAGGCUUUAAAAUGUACAACAACAGCAGCAACAAAAAACGCUUACGAGCUAAUCUUUCCCUAGUCCUGUUGCACGGGUCAUUUUGGAACUGCUUAUAUCAGUGAUUCAUCCACCAUGGAGAGUUAGUUGUUGUAGUUUUGUGUUUGGAUACUUCCCCCGAUUGCUUCCGUUGCUUUAAGCAGGCGCAGUACGCAGAACACAUGGCAGCAGAAUGUGUUCGAUUGUCACUCGUGGAAAAUUAACGCUGUGAAAACAAAACAAACGCAAAUCUAUUCGUAAAUCGUUCCGUUGUGAACGCUGAAAAUAUCAUUUUACGACAAAAAUAUCCAGCACCUAAAUAGCUGGCAAGGUUACUACUCUAUUCUUAUCCAAAUCGUAUAAAGAGAGUAUAUUUUUGUAUCCCCUUUUUGCUCCCCAGCAAUAGUAAAUUAAUUCCUAUUGCAUGUUGGCGUGAUGGGUCUUUUAAUCUUGACCAGUGUUUAACGUCCCGUUUUAACAUGUUUGUUCAAGCUACUAAAGUAUCAAGUAAUCCCUUCAUGUAAUCAGUUUGGUGGUGCAGAUGAAGCAUCCUUUCAUCUUACUUUUGUGGCACAAAAUAAGCCCAUAUUUGCAACUGGUAUGAAUUUUUAACUAAGUUACCGGUUUGAAAUCUAAAUGAACCACUUUUUGUGGAUGGAAUGUUCCAACGGAAAAAUGGAUAUAAAAGUCCUCCCUGCACAUUAUGCAUUAAAGUCAAUUUCCCAGUUAAGAAAAAAAUCGUGUGCGUAUAUGCCAACGAAAAAAGAAGAGUUGCUUUUUGCAUCUAAUGAAACAAUGUCGUUUCCCUUUACGGUGCGUUUGGGAGAGAGGAAGUAUAAAAAAGAACUGUAAGUUUCCGUGCGUGCAUGUCCAAUACAGUAUAAUAACAGUAGAUAAGCUAAUGGAGAACGUUAAGAAGCCGAA